GAGGUCAUUGUGUCUGCAGGGGAUCUCAUGAUGGAGAAGGAAGAGGAGGGGGCAUCCAAUGGCAACAACCAUAAGGCUCAAGUCAUCCUACACCUGCAGCCUAUCUUGCACGGGGGAAAUUAUGACAUUGCAGAUACAAGCAGCACAGUUUUGGCAAUAGAAACUCAACAUGAUGACAAUAAAUCGGAGGGCGAGAGUGUGGAGUACGGCUAUCCUAUUACCUGUGGAGAAAGUAGAGCUGUUUUACUCUUUAAGAAGUUUGUGUGUCCUGGAAUCAAUGUUAGGUGUGUCAAAUUUAAUGACCAGCUUAUCAGUCCUAAGCAGUUUGUACACCUGGCAGGCAAAGCCACCCUGAAGGACUGGAAAAGGGCCAUCAGACUUGGUGGCGUUAUGCUCAGAAAAAUGAUGGACUCCGGCCAGAUUGACUUCUACCAGCAUGACACGGUGUGCAGCAACACGUGCCGCAGCACGAAAUUCGACAUGCUCAUCAACAGCUCGCAGCUUCCACUAGGGACGUCCGCGCAGUCUAAUGCCUCGUCUCUGGCUCUUGAGUCUCUUGGAGGGCAGGUGCCUCCCCUUACAGGAGAGUCUCUACACGAUGCAGCUGACUUGGAUGAGUCUUUGGAUGAUAAAUUUGGUGGCGAGUGGGGCUCUACACACUUUACCACAGCCAAUGGACAUGCAAAGAGGAAGAGGAGUGUCACGCCUGAUGGUAUAUUAAGCCUGUGGAAGGGCGUGGCUGAAUGUGGACUGAUGGGCGAGGUCCUGUCCGGUCUUCAAGCUCACAUAUUGGCUACUCUGAAAGGUGUGGAGGUUCGCAGCGAGAAGGCUGAGCUGCAGGAGACUGACGCCAUCAUCCUGAAUUCCCUGUGUGAGAUGUUUGGACUUUUAGACUCAGUCAAGCAAGCACUGGAGCAACGGCGGGGCCUGAAGGAAGACAAUGAUGACGAUGGUGUUUAUGAUCUGGAGGAGCUGUCAAAAGAACGGAGGAAGCAGGCAAGCGUUAAAAGCACAUCCUACAAGCACCUCCGACCCCAACGUCACCAGCCACCCAAUAGCCAGCUAUCGCCCACCCUCAGUAACACUGUGAUACAGCCUGUCUCACUCAUGGGUUUACCUGAGUCAACAUACACUCACCCCAACAUCAGCCCUCAGAACGUUAGCUACUUCCCCACCCCUGGAGCCCCGCGAGCGGGCGCCGGGAAGCGGGAAGAGAGGAUGCGGGCACACUGUGAGUCGGGCAAACACGCGAGAGCCCACAGGGCGGGACAAGAACUAACUGUAGAGAUGCAGCACGGUCUUGGACAAAGUGCGUGCAAGCUUCAACCUCAGUUGGGAAGUGAGGAGCUGGGAGAGGGAGAAAGCUUGCACAGCUUUGAAAAGGUGGCUUUGGGGAGAAAGGGAUGCAAAAAACUGAAAACUAAAUGA